AUGGAAAAUCGUCAAAGAAUUACACUCUACGAUCAAAUAACAUCUUCCAGUAACACAAGCAACACUCCAAGCUCACUUGCAACGUUAAUCCAAAACGACGCCGUUUUCGCCAUUCAAAAAACCCGAAACCAAACUCUCUUAGACAUUAUACGACAAAACGAACCCAACAACGUUGUUGAUAACAGCAACACUACAAAAGAUCGAAAAUCGUGGAAGGCUUUUAAGGAAUUAGUACUCCGUCUAAAGCGUCGUAACCCGGACGAGUCAACUCAACAAGAACAACAACAACAGCAACAACAAAACGAGGUUGUUCGAGAAGAUCUGAACGGUUUGGAUCCGGUGGAAUUGCUCGCCGGCGGUGAGUUUUCCGACGAGGAAAUUAACGUGAAUACAUCGGAGACGGUGCAGGUUAGUAUGUCGUUGAUGGAUUUGUUAGAAGAGAGUGAAAUUGAUUUGGAUCGAAUCGGUGAUGACGUGGAUGAGAAACGACGAGAAGAAGAAGAGGAAAGAGAAGGAGAAGGGAAUGUUUCGGUGGAACGCAAUUGCUGCGUGUGUAUGGUGAGGCAUAAAGGUGCAGCGUUUAUACCGUGUGGACACACGUUUUGCAGGAUGUGUUCAAGAGAGCUUUGGGUGAGUAGGGGAAAUUGUCCUCUUUGCAAUAAUUUGAUUUUAGAAGUUCUUGAUAUUUUCUAG